ACUUUAGUCAAAGAAGAUGGGUAAUUUGCUUGCACUAUUUUAACUGUCCGAGUUCUGACUAUGACAUUGCAGAGGCGCUACCUAUAGGUCUGGUAAGCUUCGUGAAUCGUGAUUGCCCUAAUAGCAUAAUAAAUAACAUAACAAUAGUGUGCGAUAAGCGGCUGCUUGUUUUUUUUUCAACUUACGGUAGACAACCGCUUACUUGUGUAAUUCAAAAUUACACGAGAUAAUUAAUUUGGAUGUUGAAUCAACCUUAUAAGUUGCUCGUUAUAUUUAGUUUUAUUGAAAACUGUUGAUGGUGGCUGAAAAUGACAUUCGUGCGGAUUUAACCCCAAUCUUCACUUGUCUGAAAAUGGACAAGGAUUCCAGCUCGGAGAUUCAGGUAGCUGGUACAAAUAAACAAGAGGAGGUUAAUAUGCCGGAGGUAGUCGCAGGAUUGAAAAUGUUAGCCGUAGACUUACCGGACGGAGAAUCACCUCCUCAACAAAAUCAAAGACGAUCUUCUAGGAAGAGAAAACCAGUAGAUCAUUUAGACAUGUCAGCCUUAAACAGAAGAUGCAACACAAGACCGAGAAAAAGGACCUUUUCUGAAAUGGAAAGUGAAGAACAAAUCAAAGAGUAUUAUUUAGAUAAGACCGUUAAAAAACAUACUAAUUCUUUAGAAACUAUCUUCGAAGAAAAAGAAGACUCUAAUCAGACGACAAACUGUAUGAGUGCUAAACGUUUUAAAAGAAUGAUUCAGUUUAAUUCUCAACCUACAGAAUCCAAAUUGAAAAAGAGACGAGAUAAAAUCAAGAAAAUUUUUGGCUCUAAAAUUGGUUUCAAAAAAAAAAAAGUUUCCAUGCAAUCUUUACUUGAUAAACUAAAUAGUUUACAAAGUGAUGUACCUUUGAAUGCACAAAAAGAAAGAAAAGUUUGUAAAUAGUUUCCCAGACCAAGUACUUAAAUUUAAGUCUCACUUGGAUCAAAAGUAAGUUAUUCUUAUUUUUGAAACAUCCAUUACAGGUUAGCUGAAAAAGUUG